ACACAGCGUCCUCGGCGAUGGGUGUAUGGAGGAACCACCGGCGAGGGUCGAACUGCCGGCCGCCUUCGAAUAUGUCGACGUAGAUGUUCUCGCACAACUUGUGGCGGAUAUGAUGGAUCGUCUCAUAUCCCAUAACGACCAGAUACCAUUAUCACCUGAGAGCCUUACUCGAUUUCACUCCCGCACCGCGCCUGGGAUUUCUGUACUAGAUUACUUGCGACGCAUAGUCAGGUUCACGAAACUCGAUCGGACAUGCCUAAUGAUCACACUGCACUACAUCGAUCAAAUAUGCUCUCGGAUACCGAUUUUCACCCUCUCGUCGCUCACUUGCCAUCGCUUCCUCAUCACAUCCAUCGCCGUGUCAAGCAAGGCCCUGUGUGACGUCUUUUGUACCAAUAGUCUCUAUGCCAAAGUAGGCGGAAUCCCCGUUACGGAACUCAACAUGCUCGAGCGGGAAUUCCUUCGCAUGAUCGAAUGGCGACUAACGUGUACACGCGAGAUACUUCAAGAGUACUACGUCAACCUAGUGCGCACCCACAGCAAGGGCCAAUUCCACAUCGCGGGGCCGGGGUCGUCAAGCAGCUCAGAUAGCGACAUGGACUGGGACGCUAAUCGGUCUCGCUCGGUCUCGCCUGCGCGCCCGGGGAUGAACGGUCGUGAGGCGUCCACCAUUCUCAUCGACACGGCGACGCUUUCUCCGGAGUCGCCCCGCCCCCCUACGCUCGAGCAGAACAUGGCAUUCGAGGCGUUCAGACGUUCGUCUCAAGGGAUCUGA